UUUGAUCGCGUGAUCUCGUCACGGCCACCGUUUUCCGCCACUCGCAGACAGAAACAGUCGGUGAUCGAUCGGCUUGAUUCCUACUCCCUCGCCUCACCACGCUCCCCUGCGUCAGGUCUUCCACUACUGCCGCUCCCGACGCCACCGCGCGCGCACGCACCAUCUCGAUCGCAUCCAGCCUCAUCAACUCCACUUCUCACACGCAGCACGCUUGCAAAAUCCAAACGUGACACCCCCGGCCCCCGCGGCGAACAACUCCACGAACCACGCCCAAAUCCUCCCAUAUCAGCAGCUAGCUAGCUAGCUAGCGCACAGCAACACAUCACUUGGUGAGUUGGUGUACACAGGAGGGUGGAGAGAUGGUGAAUGGAUACUGCAACCUCACCUCGUCGCCUCCGGUGGCCAGCGGCGCCGUGGAGGCCGAGACCAAAUGGGAAGGCGUGGCCGUCGGGGCGGCGACGCUGGUGAGGAACUUCUCGUCAGCCUCCCAGAGGUUCAGGCCCGUGGAGAGGAGCAGGUCGACGGCCGGUGGCAACGGCGGUGGCCUGCAGGCCGUGGUGCGGAGGGCGUUCUCCAUGAGGAGGCAGCCGUCCAGCUUCGCGGAUGGGUACUGGAGGAUCCACGACGACAUGGACGGCGACGACGCGGCUGGCGAGCAUCAGGAGCAGGCGGCGUUCCAGGAUGGGGAGCAAAAACGGAGGGAAGAGCAGGAUCAUGCGACGGGAAAGAAGGAGAAGAUCACGAAGAAGAAAGGGCGGAUCUUCAAGGCGUGCAAGAAGCUUCUUGGGUUCUGAUUGACACGUUGAGAUCAAAGUUGUACUUGUAGUUCUUGCUUCCCCUUUUUGGUCUUUCUGUUUUGUCAUGUUCAUCGUUUGGAGUAAAUAAGACUUGAUUUCGUUGACAAGAACA